CGAAUGCAUCCCAGCAGUAGCUACGUCACUACCGGAUGUACAUUCCAAUAUUAGUAGGGAUUUGAAUUAUUGUUUAUAUGUUGAUCAAAUUAUUGUUAAGGUUUAUAGAAUAUGAUUUAUAUCUGAAAUUAUAAAUAUACAGUUAUAAAUAGCUUUAUAAUAUUACAUUAUUUUCGCACUAGCGACAGUGGCGUCAUUAUACUACCGGAACAGUUAAAUUAAGUAUCAAGUUUUGUUAUAUAAUUAAAAGAACCAUUUAAAAAAUAUUAUUAAUAUGUAGUAAUUAUAAUCUAAAUAAUUAAUGAUUUUACGAGUUGUUUUGGAUUAUAUAAUUUUAAUAUUUAGAAUAUCCAGAUACUGUAAGCGUUUCCAUUUCCGCUUAGAUUACGAUACUUUUCAAAUUGUUGGGAGUUCUUAUAAAACUAGAUGUAAGGGCCGAGAGAGCCUCACUCUUUACUGCACCGUCACCUAGACACCUAGUUAAGGGGAACCUCUGCCCGAAAAUAAAAUAAAGUGAAAGUGCCAGCCAUCUUUAUUUUUCGCCAUCCUUCGCCACCUGUUACACCUCAGAAGUGGGAUCAGCCCAAGAUGUCCGGCCCAUAUGCUGCUGGUUUGGGCAUGAAGAAGAGGACAAUCAGCCACGUGUCCACCACCGACGACGAAGAAAACGAAGAAAAUUUUUUUUCUUCCAACGACGCCAUGCCUGCCCCGACGAAAAGACGGCGAGUCACACAUGCCGACGCUGAAGUAGUCCCAAAAUUUCGACCAGAAGACAGCAACAGCAGCGUCAGUAGCUGGCUACACAAGAUCGACCAGCUGGGAGACGUCUACGGAUGGGACGCGACCGAGAAGCAGUUCGUGAUGCAACUCCGCCUGCGAGGUUCGGCUCGACGUUGGUAUGACGAGCUAGAAAACUACAAUCUACGCUGGGAAGAUUGGAAAAGUGCACUACGAACUGCAUUUCCACGAUCAACUGACUACGUGGAUCGUCUUGAGGCCAUGUUGUCCAGAACAAAAAGGGACACGGAAACCAUGACAAACUAUUUCCACGACAAAGUUUCACUCCUCAAAAAGUGUGAAAUAGAAGGUGAAAGUGCAAUCUCAUGCAUUAUUCGUGGUCUGCCUGUGGAACUGCGCGCUAAUGCUAAAGCGUAUCAAUGCGAAACACCUGAGCUUCUCUAUUACGGCUACCUGUCGUCACUAGAAAACUACCGAAAAGUCGAAGCGGCUGCAUCAACCAAGCGGUCAACAUGGAGAAGAGGCGCGACUGACGUAUAUGUCGCAACAUCACAGCCGUCUGGAGUGAAGCGGUGCUACGCGUGCCGACGAGUGGGACAUGACGCACGGGACUGCCGGACUCAACAACGCUGCGACACCUGCCAGCGGGCCGGCCACACCUCUACCACCUGCUGGUUUGCAUCCGCCCCAAGUUCAUCUCGGGCACCGGUGCAGCAGGCGCCAUCACGGAUACAAAAUGGAGGCAGCGGCAGCGGUGGAGACUCCAGGGUGCAGCCCGAGCGACGUGGGACACGCGCUUUCCAGGAUGGCCGAGUGUUAGCGAAUGCAUCCCAGCAGUAGCUACGUCACUACCGGAUGUACAUUCCAAUAUUAGUAGGGAUUUGAAUUAUUGUUUAUAUGUUGAUCAAAUUAUUGUUAAGGUUUAUAGAAUAUGAUUUAUAUCUGAAAUUAUAAAUAUACAGUUAUAAAUAGCUUUAUAAUAUUACAUUAUUUUCGCACUAGCGACAGUGGCGUCAUUAUACUACCGGAACAGUUAAAUUAAGUAUCAAGUUUUGUUAUAUAAUUAAAAGAACCAUUUAAAAAAUAUUAUUAAUAUGUAGUAAUUAUAAUCUAAAUAAUUAAUGAUUUUACGAGUUGUUUUGGAUUAUAUAAUUUUAAUAUUUAGAAUAUCCAGAUACUGUAAGCGUUUCCAUUUCCGCUUAGAUUACGAUACUUUUCAAAUUGUUGGGAGUUCUUAUAAAACUAGAUGUAAGGGCCGAGAGAGCCUCACUCUUUACUGCACCGUCACCUAGACACCUAGUUAAGGGGAACCUCUGCCCGAAAAUAAAAUAAAGUGAAAGUGCCAGCCA